CAAUAAUAUUUAGUUCACUUUUACUUGUUAUCAUACACUUUUGUUGCAAAACUUAUUUCUAUUUGCAUUUCAAAUUAUACUUUUUACCCGACCUAGUAUUACUUUGUAUAAAAAAUGCCAUCGGCAUCGUAUCAAGUGACACAAAAACCUAAUACACCUCAAAAUAAUGAUCAAUCUUAUAGAAAUUGUGUUAUUACAAUGGUUUUAUUUAUUAUGAUGUGUACUAUUAUUAUUUUGGCGACUUGGCCUUGGAAAAAAAAUAAUUAUCUGAACAAUGCAGUCAGUGAGGAUGAUAACUAUAAUAGUGAAGAAUAUAUAAGUGAUAAUGAUUUUUAUAAAAAUAAUGAAUCUGGUAUAUUUGAACGGCUUGAAGAAAAAUUAGAAAAUACCACAAUGUUUUCAGUGACAGCUGAAGUAACUGAAAGUUUUGAAAAAAAUGAAUACAUAGAAGAAUAUUCAUCUAUCACUUCAGUAGAAUUAUUGGAGAUUAGUUCUGGUGAUGUUGAAACGUCUUCGUCAGUACCUAAUGACAAUUUUAUUAGUUUUUCAUCAGCGUCUCCAAUAGAUUUAUUAGAAACUAGUUCUUCUGGUGAUAUUGAAACGUCAUCGAUAUCUAAUGAUAAUUUUAUUAGUUUUUCAUCAGCGUCUCCAAUAGAUUUAUUAGAAACUAGUUCUUCUGGUGACAUUGAAACGUCUUCAUCGGUAUCUAAUGACAAUUUUAUUAGUUUUUCAUCACCUUCUCCAAUAGAUUUAUUAGAGACUAGUUCUUCUGGUGAUAUUGAGACAUCUUCAUCGAUAUCUGAUGACAAUUUUAUUAGUUUUUCAUCAGCGUCUCCAAUAGAUUUAUUAGAGACUAGUUCUUCUGGUGAUAUUGAAAUGUCUUCAUCAGUAUCUUAUGAGGAUUCAUCAGUAUCUAAUAGUUUUUCUUCUACUGAGUCUAUAAUUAAUACUAGUGAAGAUUAUACAGAAUCUGAGGGAACAGAAGAAACUGUAAGUGAUGACAGUACUGUAACACCAUCACCAUCAGAAGGAUAUAGUACGAUGAAAAAAAUGGUUUACUUUUAUUUUGGAAGUACGUAUUCAGAAGAAUUAAAAACCACAUUUGAGGGGGAUGAAAAUAAUGAUACUGCUACAAGUACAUCAAGUCCAUCAGUUACAAAUGAAAUUUUUGAUGAAGAUACAGCAGAAUCAAUUAAAAUUUCAAUGGCCACUUCAAAUGAUCCGAUAGUUUUUACAACUAAAAAUAGUUUGCUGGAAAAUAAAACUAUGUCUUCAGAAAAAACGAUCGCUGAAUUGUCAGAUGAAGAACAAGGAAUUCCUGUAUGUAUGUCAGGACAAUGUAAACAAUUGUCAAGUAAAAUAUUAUCUUAUAUGAACCAUUCAGCGAAUCCUUGUGAUGACUUUUAUGAAUACGCUUGCGGUGGCAUGGAAUCAGACCCUCAAAUUAGUAACGUUGACUUGUCUAUGCAAGUGUUGGAAAGAAUAAAAAAUUCGAUUAAGAAAUUUAAUCAUCAUCCAGAAUAUUUAUCAUUUACAAAAUAUAUUGACAGUUGUAUGAGAUACGAUGACUAUUCUACUAAAAAUGAAAGAAUUAUUCAAGCUAAAGACGUUUUAAGUAAAAUUGGAAAAUUUUAUACCGCAUCAAAUUGGGAAAAUAAUUUUGAUUUGACUCAAUUAAUUGCCAAUAUGAUUCUUCACAAUAACCCAAUACUUUUUGAUAUUGUACCGGAUGUAAAUGAAAUGAAUCCUAAAAAAUUUAUUUUAAGUCUCCGACCACCAGAUAAUUUAUCUAAAUAUUUGAAUUAUGCGUCUUGUGUUGAAGACAUCGAUGAUCUAUCAGAAGAAAUAGAUUUAGGGGAACUCUAUAAUAAUUACAAAUCCUGCAAAAAUAAUACAAGAGAAUUAUAUAGUUCUGUUACUAAAGCACUAAAAGAAUUUGAUAUUUUUGGAGAAUUUUAUAAUUUAGAUAAUAUUACUGAAUAUAUUAAUGAAAUAGUUAUUGAUAUAAAUUAUCAAGUAAUCAAAGCCUUAUUUUCGAAUUAUCCACCAGAGAGUGAAAUUCGUGCAGCUUAUGAAUCUAAAAAUUACGGCAUAAUAACUCUUAGUGAUUUGGAAGAUCACUCAAAAUUAUUAAAUUGGACAAAAUUAAUAUCAAUUAUCACUGGAAUGACAUUUGAACCUCACGAUGAAUUACAAAUAUAUUUUAAAAAUAAUAUAUUUAAUGCUUUAAAUACUUUGGAAAAAUUUAGUAAAACUCAUUUACGUGAAUUAAAUAAUGCACUUCUUGGACUUUACGCAAGAAAUUUAUACAAUGAGUUUGUAGAGUCAACAUCAUUUAAGGAUUUAGAAAGUUAUUGUUAUGAUAGUGCUAUGAAUUAUUUACCUAAAGAAACUUCAUAUAUAUACAUUUCUUCGUUCUCGGAAAAUGAAGUUAAUUACACGAGUUCGAUGAUACAAAAAAUGUUUAUUGAAUUAAAAGAAACUUUGAGAUUAAAUUUUGAAAAAUUAGAGUGGACUAACAAAGAAGGUCGUGAUGAAUUAAUUCAAAAAUUAGAAGGAUUGAAAAUAUCCAUUCCAGAUAUUUCUUAUUUCAAUAACAGUUUACAAUUAAUUACGACUGAUGAUUACUUCAAUAACACAAUAACUUUAAUGAAGCAUUCGAGACGAGAAAUGUACGAUAUUUUAGAAAUAAAACCAAGUAAUCCAGAACAACUCUGGACAUAUUUUGCAAAGCCCUAUCAAUCAUCAUUUCAAACACUGUAUGGUUUAAAUUUAAUUCUCGUACCUUUAGGUGCAAUUGACUGGCCAUCAAUUAAAAAAUACGAUCAAACAUUUGAUUAUUUAAUUUUAUCAAACCUUGGAAAUCUCAUAGCUCGUGAAAUAGCCAAUUAUUUCGACUCAAAUGGAAUAAAAUAUUGGAAUGGAACACGUGAUUCUCCAUUCGCACUUCUUGAUGAUGAUUUUACAAAGACAAAUUACGAUGACUACAUAAAUUGUCAAAAUCAAUCGCUUUUUCAAGAGCCGAUACAUAUGAUACUUCCAUCUCAAAAUAAACACAUUCGUUUCAUGAUGCCUCAAUUGACUCUAAACUCAAGACUAUCUGACGCUAUGGGCGUUAAACUUGCCCACGAUACUUUGGCUAGAAUUGGAUCAACUUCUGCGAAGCUUCUACCCUGGUUAAAUUUAAAUAUCAAUCAGCUUUUUUAUCUUACUUACACUCAGUCACACUGUACAAAGAUUCCACUAACCAAAUUUAUAAUUUCAUUGUAUGAGAAUACGAUUCUACCAAGUCGCGUGAGAAUUUUAGCCACAGCAACGAACAACAAAGCAUUUGGCGAGUUAUGGAAUUGUCCGGAAGCUUCACAAUUACUUCCAAACUUUUCAUGUGGUAUUUUUCCAUAUCUCGAGUAUCAAAGCGUAGUGAUUGAAACUGCGUAAUUAAAUACCCGAUAUAAUAAUCGUUAAUUUAAACUCUUCGUUACAUUUAACUUAAUCUAUUAUCAUUAUUAUUUUUAUCA